AUGGAACUCUGGAAGUGCUCGGCGUUCUCUCUCAUCAUUUUCGGAUUUUGGUGUGCUUUUGCAAAAAAUAAGCAUUGCGAAUGGGUACUAGAUGCAGUUCAAAAAGAAAAUCUCUCGCAAGUGGCACCUGUAAUCAUUCCAGGUGGACAAUAUUUCCUGAGGAUUAGAGUUAAAUGUAAUGAAAAGGUAAACUGCGUUAAACUAUGGUUGUUUAUUUCACUAUUUAUAUCGGAAAGUAACGAAUUGAUGACAGACUUUAGGGUAUUAUUGUUUAUGUCUGUCGUUAUCAGUUAUUCUUAAGAGCCUUUUGCUGUUAAUCUACGAUAAUAACAGGGGCACCCAACGGGAAUAUAGUUCAAAACCACUUAAACAUAGCAUUUUUAAACGUAUUUUAGUAUUUAAACAGUAGAUAAAGGCAUAUUUUUAUCCCCUAAAAAUUUUUCAUCUGUUCGGGUUUCCUAGCUGAAAGUCUAGUGAUCCGAAAGUACAGGGAUCAAAACUUACCUUUUCGAAAAUUUCAGCCAGAAAAUAGGCUCCCGAAAAUUCUAGGUGACCUUUUUAGGGUAAAAAUCCGUUAAAAAUAGGCAAUUAUACCAUUUUUUAGAUGUUCGAAAAUCCUAGGAGAGGCAGGCAAGCAAGAAGUUUUACAACAAAUGUUUCGAAAAUUCUAGAUCUCAAAUCGUCUUCCGAACAGAUAUUUUCCGAAAAUUGUCGUUGGGUGCCCCUGAUAAUAAUGAUAAAUAAAAUCUUCAUUAACGCGUCAUCUAGACACGGUAAUUUGGGGGAAUUCAUACUUGUUCAUAAAUCGUUUUAGUACUUGGUUUCAUGGUCAUUUUCUCGACAGAUGGAUUCUGAAGUGUUGAGAUCAUUAGUAUUAACAGGGGUCAACCCAGUUGUGAACAUUGAAUCAGAGGCCUUUGGAAUGAAUCAUCACGGUACGAGAAGAUUUUCCGUCCUUAUUUCAGCUGUACUUACAGAGCUGGGAGAUCAGCAUAGCUGUGGCUGUAUUUCACGAAAUAAAACGAAUACAAUUGGCAGGUAA